AUGGAGGAGAAAAACACUGAGGGGUCCACCUCAAAAUUUUGUAAAAAUGACCUAAGGCAAGCCCUUAACAGUAUAAGUCCAAGAAAUUUCAACAAUUUUGAUUAUGAGAGCAAGAAGAAUGGUAUGAGAAAGAAGCUGAGGCUUACCAAAGAACAAUCCACUUUGCUUGAAGAGAGUUUCAAACGGCACACUACACUUGCUAUGGGUCAAAAACAAGAGCUUGCAGCCAAAUUAAAACUCAAGCCACGGCAAGUAGAAGUUUGGUUUCAGAAUAGAAGAGCAAGGACUAAACUGAAGCAAACAGAAGUGGAGUGUGAGUUGUUGAAGAAGUGCUGCGAAAAUCUGAAUGAUGAAAAUGGUAGGCUAAAGAAAGAGUUGGAAGAGCUAAGAUCAAUCAAGAUUGAUCAAUGGGCGCCACCUUUUCAUCUUCAACUUGCCAAGAUUAGGACAAUCGCCCUGUGUCCAUCUUGCCAGAAUAUCAAAUCUGAGCAAAAGCAUUGUGAUUUGGAUUCUGGAAGCCCAAAAGAGGCUAGUGAUGCAAUGUUCAAAGAAGCAAACUCAGACAAUAUUCUUGUCAAUGAAAAUAACAAUUAG